UGAUUCCUGUUUCCAUAAGAACGAUUCUUUGAUUGCUGAGACAAGGGGACACGACUGAUCAACCUUAUUUUACAAACUGCUGAGAGCAAGUGGACGACUACAGCCAUGAGGCUUCUCUGUCCACUGCUGCUGGUCUGCUUGGCUGGUUGUAGUGCCUCUAGAUCAAGAGACUGGGCCCAUCAUGGUGCCCCCAUGUUUGCCGACCUCACAGCACGUGAGAUGAAAGCUGUCCGGGCCUACCUGCACGGUAUUCCAGAAAUGGAGCUCACCGAUGCUCGUAGCAAUACUCUGAAGAAGAACAGCAUCAUCCUGAUGGAACUUCAUGUGCCAAGGAAGCAUGAAGCCCUGAGAGCUCUGGACCGUGGGCAGGCCAAACCCCCUCGUCAAGCUCGUGUGAUCAUCCAGUUUGGAAACCAGACCACUCCCAACAUCACUGAAUACAUCGUCAGCCCUUUGCCAUCCCCAAAUUCCCACAAAGUCAAGAUGUUCAAGGGGGAUAGGCCUAUCCACUUUUACUCGAGGCCCAUUACUGCUGCUGAGUAUCACCAUAUUAGUGAGAUCCUCGGGAAGAUAACAAACAAAGCUCACAAGCUCCUGUUUGAAAGCACAGGGGGGUUUUCCUUUACUAACUGCUCUGACCGCUGCCUGACAUUCUCAGAUGUAGGUCCCCGUGGGUUGGGUCCAGGUGAAAGGAGAACCUGGAUCAUAUUGCAGAAGUUCGUGGAGGGUUAUUUCAUUCACCCAGUUGGGUUUGAGGUACUGAUCAACCACCAGGACUUGGAUCCAGAAAAGUGGACCGUUGAGAAGGUCUGGUAUAACAGCAUGUACUUUGACAGUGUUGAGGAACUGGUUGAAAAAUAUGAAUCAGGAGGUGUGGAGAAGAUCAAACUGCCUGAUCAUGAUGAUAAUGACCUCUACUCUACCUACAUCCCCCGGGGUCACACUAACACACCCACUAAUAUCCAUGGGCCAAAGCUUGUCGAGCCUCAGGGGCCUCGAUAUCACGUUGACCGCAACUUUGUUGAAUAUGCCGGAUGGUCUUUUGCCUACAGAGUCCGCUCAACAGCUGGGCUUCAAGUCUUUGACCUGCGUUUUAAUGGAGAAAGGAUUGCCUAUGAGAUCGGCCUCCAAGAAGCUAUUGCGUUCUAUUCUGGUGAUACUCCCGCAGCUAUGCAAACCAAGUACAUAGAUGCUGGCUGGGCAAUGGGGAGCUCAACCUAUGAGUUGGCACCUGGAAUCGACUGUCCAGAAUUAGCCACCUUUGUUGACCUUUACCACUACUUUGACACCGACAAACCUUUGCACCACAAAAAUGCACUCUGUAUUUUUGAGAUGACCACUGCUAUGCCUUUGAGAAGGCAUUUCAACUCCAACUUCAACGGGGGAUACAACUUCUACGCAGGGCUGGAAAACCAUGUUCUGGUGUUGCGGACAGUCUCGACGGUUUACAACUACGAUUACAUAUGGGACUUCCUCUUCUACCAGAAUGGGGUGGCAGAGGUAAAGGUCAGCGCUACUGGAUACAUCCACUCCACUUUCUUUACACCUAACGGACUUCACUAUGGUAACAAGGUGUACAACUAUGUGCUGGGUAACCUCCACACACACCUCAUCCAUUACAAAGUGGACCUGGAUAUUGCUGGUCGGGACAACAGCGUUGAGUCAAUUGAUCUGAAAUUCGUCAACUUCACAAAUCCCUGGAGCCCGAAGAAUUUUGUUGUCCAGUCCAAACUUGAGAAGACACUGCAUGAGACUGAGCGAUCUGCCGCUUUCCGCUUCGGCAAAAAGUUCCCCCGCUAUGUGCACUUUUACAACCCCAGUGAGAAAAAUAAAUGGGGACACCAGAGGGGUUACCGUAUUCAGUUUAACUCACAUGCCGACAGCGUUCUGCCAAGAGGCUGGAAAGAGGAAGAUGGCGUCCCCUGGUCGAGGUAUCCUCUGGCUGUGACUCGUCAUAAAGAUAGUGAAGCCAGCAGCAGCAGCAUUUACACCCAGAAUAACCCAUGGGAUCCUACUGUGUCCUUUGAGGACUACAUCCGCAACAAUGAAGACAUAGUCAACAAGGACCUGGUCGCCUGGGUGACAGUGGGCUUCCUCCAUGUGCCUCACUCAGAGGACAUCCCCAACACGGCAACACCCGGCAACUCAGUAGGCUUUAUCCUCCGACCCUUCAACUUUUAUGACGAAGACCCUUCGUUGGCGUCCAGAAGCACCAUCAUUGUCCGGCCGGGACCGGACGGCAAGCCCAAGGUCCAGAGAUGGACACCUGAGGUCAUAGGUCACUGUGUGACAGACAAGCCAUUCCAAUACAAUGGCACUUAUGCAGGAGUCUAGAUGUGUGUUUGGGGUUUUUCCAAAAACUAUGUUUGCUCAAAUAUCAUAUUAAAUAAAUUACAUGAGUAUCUCAAAUUAAUAAGAAUCACUUGUAGUACAUAUGGUCAGAUGUUGUGUCUUACAAUCUGAAAAUGUUCUAAGUUUUUUUUUUUUGCAAAAUUUAAAUUUCUGAAAGAAACUGAAUCCAUGUAAUUAUUAAAAAACAUGAAAUAAAGUAAGAAAACUGACA